UUCCUUAAACACUAGAGAACUUUACAUUUUAACCUAUUUGCACAUAUAUUAAUUUUCAUGACACAAACGAAAUGUUUAGUUUCGAGUCCAACUAAAAUUAGGCCACUGUGUCUUUAACUCACCUUGUCGUCAUCGGACCGGGCCCCUCGUUGUACAAAUGACAUCAAAAUCAACCAAUAGGAUCUGAAAUGGUCUUCUCCUGCUGAGUUCCCGUCCAAUUAGAUGGCUCGUUGCCCAGUUUCAUCCAAUGGGAUUGUAAGAAGGCGUGGCCACGCGCCAUUUACAUGACACCACAUUGAGAAGUGUGGUAACCUUCACUGAUCAGCUUGAUCGCUUCAAACGAGCGCAAAAUAGCAAAAUGUAAGAACUUUUAUUGCUGCUAUGUAUAUCCUAUUGUCUUGUGGUGGUGAUUGAGGCAGGUGGCUAUGGAUAUCACAGCAAAGUACUGCCAUGAAGAGAUGGACGCCUACGGGUCAUGUGUGGCCUCCAACCCAUCAGCAUGGCAGGAGAAGUGUCAUCAACUCAAGAUGAAGGUUGCACAGUGCACAUCAUCACACCCGGUGAUCCAGAAGAUCAGACGAGACUGUUCCAAACAGUUUGUGGAGUUUGAGAAGUGUCUCAGGGAAAACCAGGGCACGUCUGCCUCCUGUUCGGCCCACGUGGCUCGCUUUCUCGGCUGUGCUGAGACGGUAGAUCUCAGUGGAGUGGAGACAAAUCCAGUACCUGUGUCAUCGUAGCAUUCAACCAUCUUUUUCAACACUUUAUCCCAAAGCAAAAAUUCCCAUCAUGUUUUCUUCAACUUUGCAUACUGUGAUUAUUGUCCUAUUUUGAAAAUCCACUGUUACUUGCCAUACUCCGAAGCUGUGUAGACUUCAAAUAAACGUGACACAUUCCUA